UUCUACUUCAGGCUUCGUCAGGUAAAAGCACGGCCGACGAUCCUUUUCAGGGUGUACACGCUGUCCUCGUAAUAGUUGGAGAUAUCUCAGAAGAGAACCCCUAUCAGAAAUCAACGGCGCUUCAGCAAUGGCUACUAGGCUACGAGUUUACGGACACAUUGAUUCUCAUACUUCAGGACAAAAUACACUUUGUGGUCAAAGAAAAGAGAGCCGAUGUACUAGAAAAACUAAAACAAGGAGGUCAGGUGCAAAUAGAAAUUCACAAGAGAACUAAGGAUGCAUCUCACAAUCAAAAAAUAUUCGAAUCAAUAAUUUCAAAGAUCACCGAAGGAGAAAAAAAGCGAAUUGGUUUAUUGUUAAAAGAAAAGAUUUCCGGAAAAUUUGUCGACGAAUGGAAAGCUGUUUAUAACAAACACGAAAAGGAUUUUGAAGAAGUUGACAUAGCGUCAGGGAUUGCCGCAGCUUUAGCGGUAAAGGACGAAGAUGAACUGAAAACGAUGCGUACCGCUAGCAAAAUAAGUAUUUCCAUGAUGAAUCGCUUCAUUUACUUGGUAACCUCAAUGAUAGACGAGGAAAAGGAAAUAACGCACGAACAACUGGCGGAAGAUGUUGAGAACAUUUUGUAUUCAAAAGAAGAUAAAUGGCUCAGCAGUCAAAAAAGCAUGCAAGAUGUAGAUUUUGAAAGAACGGACAUAUGUUAUGCACCAAUUAUUCAAAGCGGGGGUGAAUACGACUUCAGAACUUCAGCCCAGUCAAACACGAGUCUUUUGCAUGAGGGGACGAUUCUUUUUUCACUUGGCGUUAGAUAUAAAUCAUAUUGUUCGAAUAUUGGUCGGACUAUUUUAAUGAACCCGAAUAAGGAUCAAGAGAAAACAUAUGAAUUCCUCUUAGAAAUCCAACGACGAAUAUUAGAAUGGAUUAAAGAUGGAGUUAAGAUUUGCGAUGUUUACACGAAGGCGACGAGAUACAUCAAAACUAAACGCCCUGAUCUUUUGGAUAAAUUUGUCAAGAAUCUUGGACACGGGACUGGGAUGGUACUAAAUUUGUUUAUUGGAUUCACCGAUCUGGAAAACCCGAAAGCAACAGAUGAAAAAAGUAAAAUCUAUGCGCUUUGGUUAAUAGACACAGUUAGAGUUGGUGGUGAAUCGGUCCAGGUGUUGACAGAAAGUAACAGGAGUUUUAAUAGUAUCUGCUUUUCGUUUAAGGAUGCGAAUGAAAGUAAGCGUCCUGCAAAAGCGGUUGAAACUAAAAGAA